UAGUGCUCGUCGUGGCCUUUGUGGUAGCAGCCGUCGUCUUCCACGGUAGCCGUUAUAGCUGGGCAACAGAUGGACUCCACCACCCAAAGUUUUCAAAAGAAGUGGGAACUAACAUGCAAAACAGUGACCCAAAUGGUGCGAAGGAUCCUUUGAAGAUAACGGAAUGGUGGCAAGCCGCCUCCCUCAUUAAGUGGGACUGGGAGAAACCGGUGGAGUACAAGUGCGGUGAGAUUGUGAAGAAGGGAAACCGAUAUGUCUGUAUGGACAGGCAGUUCGAGGUCAAGCCACCGUGCCUGGUCUAUUCUUUUGGUAUCUCGAAUGACUGGACUUUUGAUGACGCAAUGGGGAAUGUUGGCUGUGAAGUUCACUCUUUUGACCCAAGCAUUGGAAAGAAGUCCUUCGACAGGAGCAAGAACAUACACUUCCAUGAUAUCGGCCUCGGGGCGCGUGACAAUGACACGUUUGUUCCGACCAAGGACAUAUAUGUCAAGAAAGCGACCACGUGGAAGAUACGGCGCCUGAAGACAUUGAUGGAGAUGCUGGGACACACGCAUAGACACCUCGAUAUUCUGAAGAUUGACGUGGAAACAACAGAAUGGUCGGCUGUGAAGGACUUUGUGGAAUCGGGCAUUUUCCCGAAGGUCCGGCAGUUAUUUGUAGAAUGGCACUUGUUUACAACCUACCCUAGCAAAAGCAACUACGUCGAGUUUUAUACCAGUGUCAAGAGGAUGCAGGAAUUGGGAAUGCGCACAUUUCAAUCCAAGUUUCAUACCAAACACUACGACGACAAAUGGCGCCUCCAGUCAGAUGUGAGCUACGUCAAUGUAUUAUAUAAAGAUUCGGUCUAGACUAGGACUGUCACAGGGAUGUUAGGUCGACCGUCGGCCCUCCCUGGUAUCCCUCCUCCCUGGGCCAACAUUCUCAGUCAAGACCCCGGAGCCGGUCUUCAUCCUUUACAUCAAACUAAACAAGGCAUGUUAAUGUGUGAGUGAGUGAGUGAGACACUAUUUCAGUUAUAUCACUGCAUGGCAGCCUGAAGUGACGCAGGUCUCAGACGUUUACCUUACGACUGUCGUUCGGCAUACCCAGUGUUAACGUUUUCGAGGUUGCAUGAUUAGAAAAUACAUUCCGACUGUCACUUUCAUGAUCUAGUAAGCGACGCUUUGAUUGGUCGAAUGAAAGGUCGUUAUGACGUGACCCGUAAUGGGAUGUCCUCAGAUCUUUGAUUAGCGAUAGAAGAACUAAGAUCUGGUUUUAAUGAGAUUGGGAACACGUUUGUCCUUCAUUGACACUAUUUCAUUCUCAUUGUCCAUAAAUAUGUUGUGUUCGUUGUCAUCGUUUUUACUGAAUCAUUUUAUUUAUUUCGUUUCUAACAUGGGGAAUAUUUUUUAAAGAAAAUGGUUAUACUGGUUGUAUAUAGUCGCAAAUGCAUAUUGAAAUAAAGU